AUGGGCAGGUAAAACCGUUGAAUAUUGUGUGUAAUUUAUAUUGAUUACGAAUUCUUGAUGGUAGGAUUUAAAUCAAUAAAUAUAACGAGACAUGUACACAAACACAACACAUUAAAACGAAAGUGGAUUUGAUAGUAAGAUAUGGAUGCAGCUUAUUCAAAACCAGCAUGGAGAAUGAAAACAAUCAGUUUAGAAAAGUAUACUUGAUAAAAAGCAGCAGGAGCAUUAACAUAUAAUGGGAAGUUCAAUAUCAAAAAAUACUGAUAAAGAAAACAAAAAAUUGGAAAAAGACCAACAAAAAGUACCAAAUGUGACGAAACCAGCAAAGCAGAACCACCAACAGGAGCAGCAAGACCGGACAAUAUUAGGAAACGAACCAAAACCGUCAGUGGUAGUUACAAACAAAUAUCUUCAUGAAAAGAAAAGCAAUCUGCAGUCUUUGCAGAAGAAACCACAGCAAGACCGCGCAAGAUCUAUAACUACACCAAAACCGUCAGUGAUAUUUACAACUAAACACAUUUCUCAACAGACAAGCAGUUUGAAGACUAAACAAAUAAAAAAAGAAGUUAUUGCUGCAAUAGAAAUUGGAUACACCCAUUCAGGAUAUGUCUUUUGUUUGGGUAAAAAGUAUGCUUUAGAGGGAGAAGGUCUAUAUUGUCCCAACUGGGAAGCAAGAGACAAUGGAGUGGUCAGUUUUAAAACCUCCACGGCGAUUUUGUUCCGACCGGAUAAAUCUAUUCAUAGCAUUGGUUACGAAGCAGAGGAAUAUGUCAGCAGAAAUCAAAAUGAAUCAGAUUCUGCAAAAUGGUUCUUUUUCAAAAACUUCAUGGUGGAAUUUUACAAACUCAAGGAUACAGCUAUUGAAGAUCUCAAGAUUAAAGAUUUCAGGCAAAAUAAUGUUACAAUGAAUGCGGUCGAUGUGAUAUCUAGCUUUAUUAACCAAAUGAAAGACAAAAUGAUAAAUGAAUUAGCAAGACAGCAAUUAGGGUACAACGACAAUGAUAUACAGUGGGUGUUAACAACACCGGGAAAGUUGGAACCUUCCACAAACCAGCUGAUGAACACCGCCGCAACACAAGCUGGUAUCACACAUGAUCAGUUAACUCUUCUACAGGGACCCGAAGCCGAGUUAAUGUAUAAUCGAACGUUUACAGUUCGCCAUCUACAUUUGGCGAAGAACAGAUAGCGCCACUGACAAAAUUCUACAGGUCUUUAUUAGUACAUUUAGGAGUGUAGCUUACAAUUUGACUGUGGUAGAAGUAAAUGAAAAGAAAACAAAUAUCCUUGAGACAAUUUUCAAUACAAAUGAAAGUGCAAAACAGGAGUUUAUAAGAUUCUUAACCCGCUUAUUUGGAGGGGACGUUUUGAAGUAUUUAAGAGAUUAUCAUCCAUUGGAGUAUUCUGAACUUCUACAUAAUUUUGAAAAGAAACUGAAAUAUUUCGAGUCAGAUAAAGUAGUAACUAUUCGUGUUCCUCCCAAAUGGUACGAUUCAUUUAAAGAAUUUACCAGCGACACACUGACUAAUUCAAUAAACCAAACAAGAUUCAGAAACGCUGUGUCAUUUCAGAAUGAUAAAAUAAGGAUAAGUUCAGAGUUGUUCCACAAGUUUUACGAAAAUGCUACAGAAUUUACUAUUGAAAUGGUAGAAAAGACUUUAGCAAAGCAGUCAGCAUUAGGAAUCGGCAUUUUAUUUAUAGCAGGUGACCAUGUAGACCACGUGUUUGUAAAUACACUGAAGGAACGAUAUCCGGCUCAUAGGAUAAUUAUUUCAAAGAAUCCAGAACUUGUUGUUCUGAAAGGAGCUGUUCUUUGUGAGAUAUUAGAAUAAACGUUGACCGUACGUAAUAAAUUUAAAAAAAAACACACAAUUUAAAAGAG